CACUUUUUGUUGACAUAUAUGUAAGCAAAGCAACUACACACACAACACAACCCAAAUCAAAGCAAACACACACACACACACAAAAAAAAAAACUUAAAAAGUUUCUAAUGGCUUCCAAAACAUCUCAACAAUUCCAUCCUCAUCUUCACUUUGUUCUUUUCCCUUUCAUGGCUCAAGGCCACAUGAUCCCCAUGGUCGAUAUUGCAAGGCUCUUGGCUCAGCGAGGUGUGACUAUAACCAUUGUCACCACACCACACAACGCUUCCCGGUUCAAGAACGUUCUUAACCGGUCCAUUCAGUCCGGUUUGCCCAUCAAUCUUCUCCAGGUGAAGUUUCCAUCUCAAGAACCGCAAGGACACGAGAAUGUGGACUUGCUUGAUUCAUCGAGGCCGUUAACAUCUUUCUUUAAAGAAAUUAAUAUGCUCGAGGAACCGGUCGAGAAGCUUUUGAAAGAGAUUCAACCUAGGCCAAACUGCAUAAUAGGCGACAUGUGUUUGCCUUUUACAAACAGAAUCGCCAAGAACUUUGGCAUACCAAAGAUCAUCUUUCAUGGGAUGGGUUGCUUCAACCUUCUUUGUCUGCACAUUAUGCGCCAGAACUUAGAGUUUUGGGAAUCUAUAGAGUCUAAUAAAGAGUACUUCCCCAUCCCAAAUUUUCCUGACAGAGUUGAGUUCACAAAAGCUCAGCUUCCUCUGGUUGCAACUAGUGAUGAAGGUUGGAAAGAGUUUUUAGACGGGAUGAUUGAAGGGGACAACACUUCUUAUGGUGUGAUUGUCAACACGUUUGAAGAGCUGGAGCCAGCUUAUGUUAGAGACUACAAGAAGGUUAAGGCAGGUAAAGUAUGGAGCAUCGGACCGGUUUCCUUGUCUAACAAGUUAGGUUUAGACAAAGCCGAGAGGGGGAAUAAGGCAGCCAUUGAUCAAGAUGAGUGUCUCAAAUGGCUUGAUUCUAAAGAGGAAGGGUCGGUGCUAUAUGUUUGCCUUGGAAGUAUAUGCAAUGUUCCUCUGGCUCAGCUCAAAGAGCUAGGGCUUGGCCUUGAGGAAUCCCAAAGACCUUUUAUUUGGGUCAUAAGAAAGUGGGAGAAGUAUAAUGAAUUAGAUGAAUGGCUUUCAGAGAGUGGAUUUAAAGAUAGAAUUCAAGGAAGAGGCCUUCUCAUAAUAGGAUGGGCACCACAAGUGCUUAUCAUUUCACAUCCUGCCGUUGGAGGAUUCUUAACACACUGUGGAUGGAACUCUACUCUUGAAGGAAUCACCUCGGGUGUUCCAUUGCUCACAUGGCCAUUGUUUGGAGACCAAUUCUGCAAUGAUAAGUUGGCUGUGGAGGUAUUAAAAGUUGGUGUGCCAUCAGGUGUUGAAGAUCCCAUGAGUUGGGGAGAAGAGGAGAAGGUAGGAGUGUUGGUGGAUAAAGAAAGAGUGAAGAAGGCAGUGGAAGAGUUAAUGGGUGAUAGUGAUGAAGCUAAAGAGAGAAGAAGAAGAGCCAAAGGGCUUGGGGAGUUAGCUCACAAGGCUGUUGAUGAAGGAGGCUCUUCACAUUCCAACAUCACAUUACUUUUGGAAGACAUAAUGCAACAAGCACAAAUCAAGAAGUGAUUGUAUCGAUUGUUGCUUUUGAGAGGAUCAUAUAUAUGAUGCAUGUAAUAUAUUUAUCUAGUUAAUUGCUAUUCAAUUCCUCUAAGGAAGUGCUUUAUUAUCUUGAGAGAUUUUUAUAAAUUUUACUUAAGCGUGUGAAGUGUUGAUAUACCUAUAUCACAAAUGGUUAUGAGACAAAGGUAGACGUCUACA